CAACAUUUAAAUGGCUUCAGCAGAUCUGGGUAUAGCCCUUGCCAGGGAUCAGAGAACGCAAUAACCAGGGAGAAGGAAGAGGAAAUUCAAAAAGAGGAACAUUUGAUGGAAGAAAAGAAAAAGAAAAAGCAGGAAGAAAAGAAGAAGAAGGAAAGUGCUCAGAAAAAGGCUGCUGAACAAAAAACCAAAGUGCCAGAACCAAUAAAGACCAAUUCAAACCAGCCCCAACCUGCCACUCCCAGUACUUCCACCAGCACAGUCCCAAACAACAAUGGCAAGCGUUCAUCUGCCAAUAGCUUGCAAGCUGCAACCUCCCGUUAUAUGCCACGCGAGGUACCUCCACGCUUUCGACAGCAAGAGCAGAAGCAACUGUUAAAGAGAGGACAGCCACUGCCCACUGGAGCACUGUCCACCGCAAGCCCUCCACACGAUACCGGACAGGCAAGGGCAAGCCCUCCACUACACCAUCCGACAAAGACACAGUCUGAUCUUGGUCACAGUUGUUUGGGAGACCAUUAUGAAAAUCCCCCCUGGGGACUUCAGGCUACACUCCGAAGUGAAACCAACUGCAGCUGGGAUAAAGUGAUAAUAGACAGGACUGACAAGGACGCGUGGCCUUCCAUUACAGGAACUGAGAUUGAAUCUGCCUCAGAAUGUACUACAGACACUGACUCUGCCUCCAACUGUGGCUCAGAAAAAAGUAGCAUGGCUACAAGUGCCCAAGGCAACUUUACUGGACAUGCAAAGAAAACAAAUGGCAAUAAUGGCACCAAUGGAGCACUCAUCCAAAGCACUUCGAACCAGAGUGCCCUUGGAGCUAGUGGCACGAAUGGGAAUGGGAACUUAGCCAGAGUUUGGGGAGUUACUCCAGUCACCAACUCUGGGAUUGUUCAUUGCGCCACCAGCAGUGGAGAGGGAAAGGUUGACGGCUUGAUUGGGGAGGGUAGAAGUCAGAACUGCUGGGGUGCUUCCAACUCAAAUCCUGGCAUUAAUCUUAAUCCUAAUGCCAACCCAGCUGCCUGGCCAGUACUUGGACAUGACGGGACUAUGAGUGGAUGUAAUCCUUCCAGUAUUUGCAGUCCAGUCAGUGCUAUGGGUCAGAAUAUUGUCAACCAGAAUGGAAAUACAGCAGGCACUUUAAGUGCCUGGAGAAACCUGCAGUCACAAGAGAGCACAGAAUCACAAAUGUCCACUUCUCAGAAUGUGUCUUUCAGCAUCCAACCUCAGAACCUUAACACUGAUGGACCAAAUAACACUAGCCCCAUGAACUCUCCAUCAAACCCUAUCAAUGCAAUGCAGACAAAUGGACUGCCCAAUUGGGGGAUGGCUGUUGGAAUGGGGAGCAUCAUCCCACCCCACCUGCAAGGCCUUCCUGGUGCUAAUGGCAAUGGCUCUAUUUCUCAUGGAGUUUGUGAAAGCACUGGUAAUUCAGUGUGGGGAUUAUCACCAGGAGUGUCUGCUUCGGGAAACUGCAGUGCUGGGUUUAGUCAGGAAACUGGCGACUCUGUAAGUUCAGUUGCCAGUGUUAAACAAAAUGGUUCAGGCUGUGGAGUGCAGAAAGAGGGAAAUGGAGUCAGUGCAUGGGAUUCAGGACCACCUACCAGUUCUGGUGUAUUGGCGUGGGGUAAAGGUAGGGGGAGUGCUGGAAGUGCACAUUUUGGACCUUGGGGUCAUCCUGUCCGUGGUUCCAGCAACAAUAUAAAUGGUGAGUGGGGUAGGGUCCCAAACCAGCAUUCCUGCAAUGACAUCAAUGUAAAAGGAUCAUCGGGUUGGGAUAGUCCCACCAUUACCAGUCCUAAUGCUCAGCAAGGUGAUCCUCCAGUCUCUAGGGCCAAAGUUUUAGCAUCCAGUACCACUGCUAGUGAAAUUUGUAGUGAUGGUCCAGGAAAACAAAAUGAAGGAAGAGGAGCCGAGGGUGAGCAUGGGGAUAUGGUCAUUGCUGACCAGGGGCAGAUCCAGUUGCCAAGACAAGACCUAGAUCCAAGGGUCCUUUCUAAUACUGGGUGGGGACAGGUUCCAGUAAAGCAAAACAUUGCUUGGGAAUUUGAAGAAUGUCAAAGAGCUGAUAACAAAAAUAUUGGGACAGAGGCUUGGGGAUCUUCGAACACCCAACCUUCAAACUCAGGGGGGAAGAGUGAAGUAUCCAUCAUGACCAGUACAAAUACCUCUUCAGUAUCUGGGUGGGUCAGCUCCCAACCUAUAUCUGCUCCUUUAAAUGCAAGCUGGGUAGAUAAUAAAACGCCAAAUGGUCCAGGUGGGUGGGGAGAUCCCGCAAGCUCUACUGCUGUCAAUGCUGCUGCCAAAAGUGGUCAUGCUUGGAGUGGAUCUGCUAGUCAGGAGGACAAAUCACCCACCUGGAGUGAGCCUCACAAGCCCAAAUCCCAAAGCUGGGGAGAAGGGCAGAAAUCAAAUUCGAGUUGGACCUCUGCAGGUGCAGACUGGACUGAUGUCCCACCUGUUCCAACACAUAUGACUGAUGGGAAGAAGAAUGGGUUGGGAUGGGACACGGACAGCAAGUCUGGAAGUGGGUGGAAUGAGACUGCACGGCCUGGGACCAGUGGGUGGGGUAAUGGCACAAGCACCAAGGCUAAUUCGGGUACAGGUUGGGGAGAGCCUUUGAAAGCUCCUCAGCAGAAUUGGGCUAAUAAAGCUCAAGAUAGUAAUGUGAGUGGUUGGGGAGGAGCUGCAUCUGUAAAGCAGACUGGGUCUGGGUGGGUAGGAGGACCAGUGCCAGCACCACCACCACCUCCACCACCAACACCAGCAGCCAAACAGAAGGAAAUUAACACUGACGCUAAUGGCUGGCAAGAGCCUUCACCACCGUCCAUACGUCGUAAAAUGGAAAUUGAUGAUGGUACCUCAGCUUGGGGAGACCCAAGCAGUUACAAUAGCAAAACUGUUAACAUGUGGGACAGAAAUAAUCCUGUAGCUCAGACUACCCCUUCAACUAAUACAAACUCAAACACCACUCCUACCACCACCCCAAAUACCUGUCUGGUUGAAACUCAGCCACCUCAUCAGCCAAGUGCCCAGCAGAGUCGUUCCCCACUGCUAGGACCAGGCUGGGGAGACGUGCCUCCUGUUCACUCAAAGACUGAAACCUCCUGGGGAGAGCCCACAUCCCCAUCCACUGCAGUUGAUAAUGGCACUUCAGCAUGGGGGAAGCCCUCCAACAGUGGUUCUGGGUGGGGGGAUGGCUCUGCAGAGUCCCCAGGGACAUAUGGAAGGACAAGUACUCCAGCUGCUGCCCCAGUGCUGUGCAAACCAGCUCCAAAAUCUAUGCAAGAAGGCUGGAGUAGUGGUGGAGAUGAUGUUGGCCUUUCCAGCCAGUGGGAAGAUGAGGAGGGAGAUAUGUGGAAUAAUGCUGCUUCCCAAGACAGUAACUCCUCCUGCAACUCUUGGGGGAACGGCCCCAAGAAAGUACUCUCUAAGGGCAUGAAGACUUCAAGCAAGUCGGAUGAGGCCUGGAUCAUAGGCAGGCUGACUAAACAGCUCACUGACAUGGGCUUCCCAAAAGAGCCUGCUGAAGAGGCCUUGAAGAGCAACAAUAUGAAUUUGGACCAGGCCAUGAGUGCUCUUCUGGAAAAGAAGGGGGAGAUAGACAAGCGUGGAUUGGGAAUCGCAGACUAUAACACAAUGGUCACCAAACCGUUGAGCUGCCGUCCACCACCAAUCUCCAAAGAGUCUUCCAUGGACCGCCCCACUUUCCUUGACAAGGAUGGCGGCCUAGUGGAAGAGCCUACGUCUUCACCAUUUUUGCCUUCACCAAGCCUGAAGCUCCCCCAUUCAAACGGUGCACUCCCUAAUCAGGCCCUGGGUGGCAUGACACCAGGACUGAGCAUGCAGAACUUGAAUUCCUCUAGACAGAUUCAGAGUGGCAAUCUGGGUAUGUUUGGCAAUAGUGGAGCAGCACAAGCCAGGUCCAUGCAACAGCAGCAGCCACCACCGCCAGUGCAACCUCUUAACUCAUCCCAGCCUAGUCUUCGUGCUCAAGUGCCUCAGUUUUUAUCCCCUCAGGUUCAAGCACAGCUUUUGCAGUUUGCAGCAAAAAACAUUGGUCUCAACCCUGCACUAUUAACCUCGCCAAUUAAUCCUCAGCAUAUGACCAUGUUGAACCAGCUCUAUCAGCUGCAGCUGGCGUAUCAGCGUUUACAACUCCAGCAGCAGAUGUUACAGGCUCAACGUAAUGUUUCAGGACCCAUGAGACAGCAGGAGCAGCAAGUUGCACGUACAAUCAAUAACAUGCAGCAGCAGAUACAGCAACAUCAACGCCAGCUGGCCCAGGCCCUGCUCAUAAAGCAGCAACCUCCUCCACACCCCUCUUUACAUCCUCCAGUGGGCAAGUCUGCACUGGACAACUUUCCACCCCACGCUCCAGCUCCCAGCCUGUCUGAACUGCACACCAAAGAGCAGCAGUCUUCAUCCAACACGUUUUCCCCCUAUCCUCUUGCUGCUGGUUUGAACGCCAGCAUGAAUGUAAACAGCAUGGACAUGACUGGCAGCUUGACAGUAAAGGAUACAUCUCAGUCACAGUCUCGCCUCCCACAGUGGACUCACCCUAACUCCAUGGAUACUUUGACGAAUGCUGCUUCUCCUCUGGAUCCUGUCCCUAAGUCCACAGGUGCACUUCCUGGUGGUUUAAGCAUUGGUCCACCUGGCAAGCACACACUUGAUGACUCCUAUAAUCGGUAUGAUCUCCUUCCAAAUAGUGAAUCACCAACUAGCCCUCCUGUAGCUGUUCCAGACAGUUGGUCACGUGCCAAACCAGAGAAUGAAAAAAUUUCCAAUGGCUCCAGUAUCACUUGGCCACCUGAGUUUCAUCCAGGAGUUCCCUGGAAAGGACUUCAAAAUAUUGACCCAGAAAAUGAUCCUGAUGUGACUCCUGGGAGUGUCCCAACGGGGCCGACCAUUAACACCACCAUUCAGGAUGUCAACCGCUACCUGCUCAAGAGUGGAGGUAAACUGUCUGAUAUGAAGUCUACAUGGUCAUCCAGCCCUAUCUCCCACACUCAAGCAUCGCUUUCUCAUGAGCUGUGGAAGGUACCCAGGAACACUACAGCUCCAACUAGACCACCACCUGGGCUGACAAAUGCCAAACCCUCCUCUGCCUGGGGCUCUAACCAACUAGGCUGGACAAGCUCAUAUUCUUCUGGUUCCACUUGGAGUACAGACAGCUCAGGAAGAACUAGCAGCUGGCUGGUCCUGCGCAAUCUCACCCCUCAGAUUGAUGGCUCAACCCUGAGGACAUUAUGUCUACAGCAUGGACCUCUGAUAACAUUCCACCUGAAUCUCACACAAGGCAAUGCUGUGGUCAGGUACAGCUCUAAGGAGGAAGCCACCAAGGCCCAGAAAUCCCUGCACAUGUGUGUUCUUGGCAACACAACUAUCCUCGCAGAGUUUGCUGGUGAAGACGAAGUGAACCGAUUCUUGGCGCAAGGGCAGCCAUUGCCCCCUACAUCUAGCUGGCAAUCUAAUUCUGGAAGUAGCCAGCCAAGGUUAGGCUCAGGAGGAGGCACACACAACUUGGUGCGAAAUGACACCGCUCAUUGGAAUCCAACUUGCCUGAGUGCCAAGGGAAGCAACGACCUGCUCUGGGGAGCAGUUCCUCAGUACUCUAGCAGUCUUUGGGGACCUCCAGGAACAGAUGACUCUAGAAUUAUCCGCAGUCCAACGCCUCUUAAUACUCUCCUGCCAGGAGACUUGCUGAGUGGAGAGUCCAUCUGAAAUUCUCCAGGACACAGGGUCAUCAAUUCAACAAAGUCAUCAGCACUAGUAGAAAAAUAAAAAUGAACUAUCAGUACCUAAUUCUUUCCACUCCAGAUCCAGAGAGGAACCCAGCUUAUCAGGCGCAAGCCUUCUCUUCAUGCAGUACCUUCUCUGGCCACCCUCAACACUGCACCCUUGCGAACUGUUCCUUGCAACAGUAUGGGCUCAAUGUGAGGCAGCUGAGAAAGGAAAGAUUAAGUACGGGGAGGAGGGGAGACUACGUCACUUAUAACAGAUGGUCAAGAUUUUUGCGUUUUUUGCGAAUUUUUUUUUUUUCCUUAUUUUUAAGAUGUUGAAGUUGACAAAAAUGAACGCUGCUUCUGCUUGAACUAGAACAUAAGGGCACUUUUCACAUGGCAGGGCAAGAGAGGGUUAUAUUAAUGUUGGGAGGGUUAGGGGGCAAGGGAAGAAAGGGUGGUUUUCAAAAGCCUAUUUAGAAAUGAGCCUUGGACUUUUAUGCACAUCGGACAGGGCACAUCAAUCAAAGUGGACGAGUGAGUUCUGCAUAUACGUGCAGCUCUGUAUAUGCACUCAGCUGGAUAUAUUUUCGGCGUGGAAACAAAGGAACGAAGGAUUUCUUUUGAUCUGCCUAUGCACAUAACCUUUGUCCAGAGCUUCUGCUCCUGUCAUAGCCUUUAUUAUUAUUAUUUUAAAAAUUAUUCCUCUCCAAACACUAUUUUUCCCUCGUUUCCCAAAUAUCAUAUCAGCUCUUAGAUAUACUUGAAUUCCAGCAUCUACUCAAUUUUAGUUUGUUGUGAUCUGUAGGCCUUUGCAGUGCAGGUUUUGCUAAAAUACACAUCAUAUUGUAUGCAGAGAGAAGAUAACCCUAUCAUGCAUUCAGAAACACCUGCAUUCCUGUGCACAAAUAUACAGGUUUCAUUGUUGGUAUUGAACAGGACUAUCUAAGGAUUUAAGUAAUAACAAAAAGUACUUUUCUCCUCUUUGUGCACUUAACGUGUGCAAACUGUUAAAUGUUUUCAUUUUAAGUCGGAUAUUACUAUCACCUUUUAACUUUGCACUGAGACUUCAGCAUUGCAUCCCCACUUGCUGUUACCCCAACUGAAAUAUAUGUUAAAACGGAUUAGAUAAGUGUGCAGAGAGGCACAGAGCUAACUUGCAUCUAUGUUUACGUAAGGAACUGUUUGUCAAAAAAAAUAAAAAUUACCGUGUGUAUCUCUAGAGAAAACAAAUAUGUAUGUCUACCUUUCCAGGGAUUUAUCUUUGGAGAGCAGAAUAUAUUUCUGGAGAUUUGCACUGGCCUAGAGGAUGUUCUUCAGCUCUUGGACUGUAUGAGCGAAAUAGAAUAGCCUCUCACGCAGAACCCAACGCAACACUGCGUCUUUUGCAGGUUUUAAACUGCGUCUAAAAGCAGAAGCCAACCUGGCUUUAACCUGUUUACAAUAUUUUUUUGGUUGUUAUACAUUCUUCUGUGUUGUCUGCUUUUUCUCCUAAAGUGAAACAGUUACAAAAGUAAUAAAAAAAAAAAAUUAAAAAUAAUUAAAAACAAACAAAAAAAACCUUCCAUUUGAAUUUCAAGAAUCUAUUUUUGAAUUUGAAUAUAAAUUCCUUACAUCUCGGGGAAAAUACCAGUGUUUUAACGAAAAGAAGAAAAAAUAGCCAUUGCUGUGCAACUUUUUUCUUCCUUUUUUUUUUUUUUUUUUUUACACAUCUUUGACAAUACCCUGUGUUUCUUUUUCUUCGAGUGAUGACAAUUUAAAGCAAGAAGAAAAGGGGGAAAAAAAACAAACAUUUUGAAUACCAUCUUGCACAUGGUGGAGCUCUUUCUCAGGAAAAUGUAACAUUUCCAGAGGAGUACAAAACGCCACAAAACCAUUUCAUUGUAUUUUUUAAGAAAAAGAAAUUGUGUACAAAAAAAGUACUAAAAAACAAAAACAAACAAAAAUUGGGAAAAAAAUACAAAAAAAAGAAAACGAAAAUCUAAAAACAAAAAAAAAAAACAUUUACCUAACUUCAAGCACUGAAAAACGAAUGAGGAGGGAGGGGAAUGAACAAGAAAAUAGAGGAAAACAAACAAUUCCUGUUUGUAGCAGUUACAUUUUUACCAAAUAAUGGACUUAUAAAUGCUUUGAGUGCUUUAUGUGUUAAAAAUAUAAGAAUAUUGCUUUAUGUUGAAACACAAACCAUGAUAAUUCUGGAUUGUUAAAGAAAUAAGCAAGACUUGUUUCCAGAGUUCAAACAACAAACUUAAAGAAAAAUCUUUAGCUUCAAGGAAACGUGCAUUACCUGUUCCAAGUUGUCUUUUUAGGAGGAGUUAUGAUGGUAUUGGGGUGGGUAUGAUGGAGUUUUCCAUUCUUUUUUUUCUUUUUUUUUUUUAAUGUGUGAGGAUUGAUUGGAUCUUUGCAACUGCUGGCAUCACCCUUCCUUGCUUCAUGUGCUUGCAAUUUUUUUUUUUACUUUGUCUGCAGCAGGGAAUGGGUUAAUGCAUUCAGAGUUAGGAGAGCCUCAAUCCUUGCAGCACUGGUGUACACCGUAAGAUCCUGGCCUAUGCACAUGCCAAGUAAAAGAUGGUUAUCAUUUUAUGAAUUCAUGUUGUCCUUUACAAGAUUCAAACGUCCUUUGAUCGCCACCUCUGACUAUGCAGACAAGGGGAUAUAACUUUUCAGUCAGUACAACCUGUGUAUUUCAACCUCUGUGUAUGUGUGUUUUUCAGAUGGGGUCUGUUUAAUAUUUGAUUUGUGUUACUUCAUAAUGCUACCUCUGUCUGCCAUAAACUGCCCCUAAAUGGGCGGAGGAACAGACUGUGACGUGGGAGUGCAAAAGGCCCCCCACUUUCUUUUCUGAGUUAGAAUCUAUUACUGGCAUUCGGACAAUCCUAAAUAUCCUGGCACCCCAAGUGGGUGAUUGGUUUAGUGUUCAGUUUUAGUUUUUGUGUUUUUGUAUUUUUUUUUUUUUCUGCUCCAUUAUUAGUGAUUACCAACAUUGCUGUUAUGUUGCUGAUCCCUCUACAUCAAAAAAAAUUGUUUGUUUAGAUUUUGCACGCCAGAGGGAGAGAAAGGUGUUUAAAAGGUUUACAAAGAAUGUGAGAGACUGAUGACGUUUCCUUUAGCUACAAAUGUUUGUGUAUUUUCAUACGUUUAUGUUGGAUGCAAAAUUGUCCCAAAGAUUUUAAAUGUUAAACAAUUUGUGGGCUUAUUGCUGCUCUAUUAAUGUCCUUAAUUUCUCUGGCUGCAAAAGGGUUAAUUGCUAAUACACAUGUUCUACUGUACACUGAGGUAAGGCAAGGCAUACAAACAUGGCAGAGCUGUGCAUGCUAUCAAUUGUGAGCAAAUGUUACAAUAUUCCCUACUGUGAUAUACAGCUUUCUGCUAGUCCUCUUUGUUCUGUAUUUGUCUGCAAGACUUUAAAAUAAGAGUAUAAAACUAGCCAGGUAAUUCACAAUGUAGUAAGGUGAUUUCUUCAUUUUCUUUUUUAAAAAAAUUUAUAGAGUAAUUUUGCUCCGAGAUUGGUCUACAGUGCAAGUGCAGGGUCUUGCAGUGUUUACAGGUCACCAUAGCGACACUACUUGUCCCAUACAAUGUACGUUAAAAAAGUAAAAUUUUGAAUAUGUCCCCAUCAGCAGAACUAACUAGUAAGACCACGUCCAUACAUUGAUGGGGUAGAACUGUAUGCAUUGAAGACAUAUAAACAUUUCUUCCAGUAUAAAAAAAAAUAAUUAUAUGUAGGUUUGUGUAUGUAUAUGGUUUAUACAUACUUAUAUACAUUUUGUGUAUGUGUUGUAUGUGUGUGUGUAUACAUUUAUGAGUGUGUGUAUGUAUACACACACACACGCGCACACACACACAUCAGAAAAACAUGAGAUUGUAUUGAAGGAUACAGUAAUAUCUCUAAAUAUGUUUAAUAUGAUGUAUUCUUUGUGGGUGUUUGUUUUUUUUUCAUUUCCAAUGUUAUGUCUAAUAUGUCUGUAACUGACAUUUAAAUACUAAAGAAAAAGUUUGCAGCUUUUUUAAUUUUGCUCUCUCCUAGAAUGUGUUUGUUAUUGAAUUGCACCGAAAGUUGCUCUCAAAAUGGAAGCUUCUUUAAAUCUUAAUAAAUCGCAGUUGUUUUUUUUUUGACUGUC